GCAACGCUGUGCAGAGGGUGAAAGGGUGGGGUAGGUCUUGAUUCACCCACAUGGAGAGAGGUGGAGAAUACAAUGUGUAUAGAAAUGAAAGGAAAUCAUGGACACACACAGAUAUCCAUCCACAAAUACACACAUCAAAAUGCCUCUCGGGAAGCCUGGAAGGCUUAGUUACCAACUUCUUGCCGCUCCCCGAAGAGGCCGCAGAUGCUUUGGCUUCCCUACUUUUCCUAUUUGCCAGUUUCGUCUGCCUGAAAUAGUCAUCUUUCGCACCUGUGAGAGCCCGCCCCUCCCUCAGAGCGCAGGUCAACCACGGAUUCCACGGGGGCACUUCACGUUUCCCUCUGGGCCUGCUCUGAGCCUGACAGCAUGCCGAAUUGAAACCAUUACCUAAAAACAUUGCCAGAAAGAACAACGGCGGAAGCUCUGAGCCCCCGUUGCCCCAAAGGCGACCUCCCAAGCCAUGCUUUUGUGACUCUCCGUGUCUUAGGAGGUGUGCUGUUGGAGGAAAGAAAAAAGUCGCGCGAAGGGAGAAAACUGGGUAGAAUUUGCUUGAGACAAAAAUCCAGAGGCAUUGACGUCGAGAAGCCCCUCCCCAAUCCGGACAGCAGGUGGCGCAAGCGACCAAGAUUUCUUCAACCACCACCGAAGGAGGCCGCAAGCUUUUCGCGGUGGAGACGGCGGCCGCCGGGACGGUGUCUGCCACACAGUAGGUGGUCAAAACCCGACAGCGGGAAGGAAAUGCAAUGGAACCGCCGCGGGCUUGAGUUUUCUCUUUUGAACAACGAGAAUGACAGCUCCAACGGGACACUUGGAGGUCAGGACGAACGAAAGGAACCUAAGAAGCUUGGAUGGGAAAGCCUCCUAGAAAUAGUGGUGCUGGCUAGAGUGCACGCAUUUGGACCCAAGCUUAACUUUUCAAAUGUGGAAUCCUAGGCCUUCACUGGUUUCCAGAAGAAGCUGACUGCCGGAAAGGAAACUGCAAAACAUGAAAAUCGCUUUGAGGUGACCGAUAAGCCCCGUGGCCCCUUGCUUCUCCCGCAGCGGAUCUGAGCUUUAAGAACUCUACCUUCAGAUGAAGCAACUUGAGCCCGGGGAGAGGGAGUGAGCGCCCGGGUCACGUGGUGUGGAGCUCGGCCCGUCCGCGGGCAGUGCGCGGCCCUCUCAACUCGGCUUGGACUUGGAGUCCCUCGCAAGGUCCCGACCUCCAAUGGCCGACCAGAGAAUGGACAUUUCUUCAACAAUCAGUGACUUCAUGUCCCCGGGCGCCACCGACCUCCUCUCCAGCCCCCUGGGCCCCGGCGGCACGGAUUGCAACCGCAAGCGGAAAGGCAGCUCCACCGACUACCAACUUGAUGACUUUUCUUUUGAAGAAAGCAUGGACACGGACAAAGAUGACCCUCACGGAAGGUUAGAAUAUACAGAGCACCAAGGAAGGAUCAAAAAUGCAAGGGAAGCUCACAGCCAGAUUGAAAAGAGGCGUCGGGACAAAAUGAACAGUUUUAUUGACGAAUUGGCGUCUUUGGUACCUACGUGCAAUGCCAUGUCCAGGAAAUUAGAUAAGCUCACUGUGCUAAGGAUGGCUGUUCAGCACAUGAAAACAUUACGAGGUGCCACCAAUCCAUACACAGAAGCGAACUACAAACCAACUUUUCUGUCAGAUGAUGAAUUGAAACACCUCAUUCUCAGGGCAGCAGAUGGAUUUUUGUUUGUCGUAGGAUGUGACCGAGGGAAGAUACUCUUUGUCUCAGAGUCUGUCUUCAAGAUCCUCAACUACAGCCAGAACGAUCUGAUUGGCCAGAGUUUGUUUGACUACCUGCACCCUAAAGAUAUCGCCAAAGUGAAGGAGCAGCUCUCCUCCUCGGACACGGCGCCCCGGGAGCGGCUCAUAGAUGCAAAAACUGGACUUCCAGUUAAGACAGAUAUAACCCCUGGGCCGUCUCGAUUAUGUUCUGGAGCACGACGUUCUUUCUUCUGUAGGAUGAAGUGUAACAGGCCUUCGGUAAAGGUUGAAGACAAGGAUUUCCCCUCUACCUGCUCAAAGAAAAAAGCAGAUCGAAAGAGCUUCUGCACCAUCCACAGCACAGGGUAUCUGAAGAGCUGGCCGCCCACAAAGAUGGGGCUGGAUGAAGACAGUGAACCAGACAACGAGGGCUGUAAUCUCAGCUGCCUGGUCGCCAUCGGACGACUACAUUCUCACGUGGUUCCGCAGCCGGUGAACGGGGAAAUCAGGGUGAAGUCUAUGGAAUAUGUGUCUCGGCACGCGAUAGACGGGAAGUUUGUUUUUGUAGACCAGAGGGCAACAGCUAUUUUGGCAUAUUUACCGCAAGAACUUCUAGGCACAUCAUGUUAUGAAUAUUUUCACCAAGAUGACAUAGGACAUCUCGCAGAAUGUCAUAGGCAAGUUUUACAGACAAGAGAAAAGAUUACGACUAAUUGCUAUAAGUUUAAAAUCAAAGAUGGUUCUUUCAUCACGCUGCGGAGUCGAUGGUUCAGUUUCAUGAACCCUUGGACCAAGGAAGUAGAAUACAUCGUCUCAACCAACACUGUUGUUUUAGCCAACGUCCUGGAAGGCGGGGACCCAACCUUCCCGCAGCUCACAGCGUCCCCCCACAGCAUGGACAGCAUGCUGCCCUCUGGAGAAGAUUCCUUUGUUGUAGGUGGCCCAAAGAGGACCCACCCCACUGUUCCAGGGAUUCCAGGGGGAACCAGGGCUGGGGCAGGCAAAAUAGGUCGAAUGAUUGCUGAAGAAAUCAUGGAGAUCCACAGAAUAAGAGGGUCAUCGCCUUCCAGUUGUGGCUCCAGCCCGUUAAAUAUCACAAGUACACCUCCCCCUGACGCCUCUUCUCCAGGAGGCAAAAAGAUUUUAAAUGGAGGGACUCCAGACAUUCCUUCCAGUGGCCUACUACCAGGGCAGGCUCAGGAAAACCCAGGUUAUCCAUAUUCUGAUAGUUCUUCUAUUCUUGGUGAGAACCCUCACAUAGGCAUAGACAUGAUAGAAAACGACCAAGGCUCAAGCAGUCCCAGCAAUGAUGAAGCAGCAAUGGCCGUCAUAAUGAGUCUCUUGGAAGCAGAUGCUGGGCUGGGAGGUCCUGUUGACUUCAGUGACUUGCCAUGGCCGCUGUAAACACUACAUGUUGCUUUGGCAACAGCUACAGUAUCAAAGUGCAUUACUGGUGGAGUUUUACAGUCUGUGAAGCUUACUGGAUAAGGAGAGAACAGCUUUUAUGUACUGUCCUCAUAAAAGCCACCUCAGAGCCAUUGAUACAAGUCAAUCUUACUAUGUGUAACUUCAGACAAAGUGGAACUAAGCCUGCUCCAGUGUUUUCUCAUCAUUGAUUAUUGGGCUAGCUGUGGAUAGCUUGCAUUAAUUGUAUAUUUUGGAUUCUGUUUGUGUUGAAUUUUUUAAUCAUCGUGCACAGAAGCAUCAUUGGUAGCUUUUAUAUGCAAAUGGUCAUUUCAGAUGUAUGGUGUUUUUACACUACAAAGAAGUCCCCCAUGUGGAUAUUUCUUAUACUAAUUGUAUCAUAAAGCCGUUUAUUCUUCCUUGUAAGAAUCCUUUACUAUAAAUAUGGGUUAAAGUAUAAUGUAUUAGACAGUUAAAUAUUUUUAAUAAAUGUUUCCCUUGUUCUAUAAA